GUCCCUUUUGCACAGGCAAUAUUUGAAAAUAAGAAUGAAGGUCUAUUGUACUUUUGUUGCGGAUUAAAUUCUUCAUGCACUUUCUUUUCAAUAGAAGGGUCUGAGAUAUUUGAACAUAUCAAACUUUGCUACUCUGGACUUCUGGAUAAUUUUUUAGAUGUCAGUGCUGUUGAAUAUGUUGAUUAUUCACAAGCUCUUGUCUCCCUUGGCAUUGCAGCUAAACAACUUGACCCCUCUCCAACAACUUACUACUGCCUGCGGUGCAACUUUUCACAAACUAAAUUUCAACUAAUUGCUUAUCAUGUGGCUACAAACCACCCUAAAAAUGUAGCUGGUGUUUUGCUUGUUAAUAGAGUUUUGGCAGAUGCACGAGUACUAAUGGUUUGUCUUUCAUGCAAUGCACAAGUGACAUCUAAAGAAUGGUCUGUGCAUAGAUGUAGAAUACUUGAUGCAGAAACUUGUAAAGGCAAUAUUUCUGCCCCCUGUAAUACAUCUAUAACUACCCCUACAACUAAACUCUUACUCGCAGAACACAAAAUAUUAGCUUCACUAGAAAAUUCAGAUCAAGGAAAAGUUAGUUUACUCUGUGAACUGAUGGCAGCAAAGAAAGGGAAAAUUGUCCAGAGCUCUAAUAAACAAUCCCUAGAAAGUUCAUUGCUUAAUUCUAAGAUUGAAGAUCAUGGCCUGGAGUUAGAAAUGAGAUGUCACAGCCAGGGUAAAAGUUCUUCUGUGGAAGUACUUAAUAUUAAACAAGAGAUUCAAGAGUGUGAAGAUAAUUUUGAUGUUCCUGUUCACUUCGAACACAGUGUUAAUGUAAACUUAGAUAAUGAAGCAAACAGCACUGGCAUCCAUCUGGCUAAUCCUGAAAAUACUGAAGCAACUUUUAAACAUUACCCUAACAAAAGUACAUCGCACUCAAGUGUUCUACAAAACCUUCUGACUGCUCCAAAAGUAUCAGAUUUUAACAUGAAAAGCUUCAGCCUUCUUCAAAAUCUUCUGAAAUCACCCCAAGUUGAUAAAGAGCAACAAGCAAAUCAGUCUGUGGGUAAUGAUGUGACAUCAACCCUGCUUGGGAGUCCCCAGUCCAAAUAUUCAGCUAUUCUAGAAUCAUUGUCUCGUCAAGUGUCCAUUUCAAAUCAAACUGGCCUAAGUGCUCUUGGUCAGAUAGCCACAGCUUCAUCUGAUAAAUGUCAACCAACUUCAAAAUCUAUGGUUACAGAUAUGACAAAAAGUAGCAGUAGCAAGGAUCUGAGCAAUAAUCUUGGACAAGGAUUGUGGAACAAUGAGAUGAUCAAGACAGAAGAAAUUUUUUCUUCUCCAAAUUACUCUCAAAUUUUGCCAAUAUCCCUCUCAGAGGGCAGCACCUCUGCUAAUCUGCCACAACUGUCACCACCUAUUAUACCUACACCCCCUGGGUUACCAUUGAUUUCACCUAUCUCCCCACCACCUUCAGCUGACACGGCUUUGCACCUGGAUAACCAAAACACUCAUGCACCUUUCUCUAACCUUCUGCGUGGGUUAUUAUCUAAAAUUAAUUCCAAAGUCAGUACCAAUAAUCCUGAUUGA